AUGAAAGAGCGUGUGUCGCGACCAACUCGACAGGUCGUGACCAAGCAUUAUUACCAGCUUGGUCGUCUCCCGACAGCGCUCAUUCUCAACUCCCUCGCCAUCUUUCCUGCGCUCAUUGCCAGCAGCAGCAGUGCCACUAUGGUUGCCGCCGGUACGCCAGCGAUGGGCGUCGCAACGAAAGUGGGCACCGAGGCGAGCCACAAGCAACCGCAGCAGCUCCGCGAAGGCGGCCAAAAGGAGUGCUUUGGGUCGAUCUGUGGCGGUGGUUUCGGCUGGGGUCUCGGCGGCGGGUGCGGCCUCUUCUCGCCGUUCGGAUGCGGCUGGUUCUAA